AUGGGCUUUAAGAUGCAGUACCACUCGGAGCAGCCCUCGGGGCUCCCCCCGCACAAGAGCGGAAGCCGCCGGCGCGCUACGGUCGCGUCCGUCAGCCCGCUCGAGCUGCGCCUGCAGGAGUUUCAUAUGGUCGGGGGAGGCGGAAGCAGGGGAGGUGGAAUCGGGGGAAGCGCGAUUGAGCGCGGAAGCAGCAAGCAUGCAGGGUCCGGCGUCGGCGUAGGGUUACCCGUUCGCAGCGCUUCGCCGCACAGUGUCGCCAACCACGCAGAGUCGCCCGGGCACAUGUCGGACGGGCGCGGCUCCGGCAGUCACUCGAGCCACGAGGGGCGCCGCAGGCGAAAAUCCUCCGAUAACGUCGCCGUCGAGGCGCGGGCCUCGUUGGCCGGUCUUAGUCUUUCCGGUUUAAGCGGCGGGUACGGGGCGGUCCCUACGGCCACGGGGAACAGCACGAACGGCGGCGGGGGGCGAAGCAGAAGCGGCGCAAUGGGCGGCGCGGCGAGACAGCCGACGCUGGAGUCGAUGCGAAACGGGGUUAACAACAGCAGCAACAGCAGCAGUAUCAAUAGCGUCGUCGAUCCGCGAUUACCGCUCGUCAACACCCCUGACUCCAUACCGUCAGAUGCGGACAAGCCGCGGUUUCCGUUAAAGCCAUCUGUGAACGCGGCGCAAUUUCCGCCGGGGAGCGCGGAGUUGGCGGCGGCGGCGGCGGCUUUGGCGGCCGCUGCCGGCGGAGUCGCGUAUUGCAAGCCGCGGUACCAGUUCUGCCCGAAUUGCGGGUUUCAGUUAGUAGAAAACCCGAUAAUAGAACCCAUCUUAAAGCCCGUUGUUCCCGCUGUGGCGGAGGAGGAGACGGAUUCGGAACAAGACUGCGACGACGACGCGAGCGAGGUAUCUGUACCACGUGUCAAAGCGCCAUUGGCGAACGCCAAGGCGAAAACCAAGAAGGGGAAGAGCCACGCGGAAAAAGAAAGGCCGCGCAGCAGGCGUUCUUCCGCGGAGCACAGUAGCAGUGGCGGGGGUGAUUCCGACGCCGGCGGAGGGGGCGGAGCUUCCGCCGCGGGGAGAGCGGGAAGCGACGCGGAAGAGCCUGGCGCGCGGAAGCCCACCCCCGCGUUUCCCCCGUCCGCGUCUUCCGCAGGGAAAGAGAUUGAGGGGAGCCGCAUGGACCGGCUGAGAGCGCCGGAGGUGGGACAGCGCCAGGUGCUCCGCCACAUGGAGAAGGGCGGCGGAGCGGGCGCGGGCGGCGGAAAGGGGCGCCAUCGGCGCAUCGGGAGCGUGGAUCAUAAUAUUUAUUCCGCUGCUAUGCCGCUCACGAAGGGGCGGCUGGCGGGCGGCGCGGGGGCAGCGGCGGGGAGGGAUCAGGGUUACGCGGAUGCGGAGGGGGGAGGGAUGGGCGUGGGACGCGCGGGGAUGAGGGGGAUCGCGUCUCCCGUUCAGGAGGAUGACGGGGAGGGGACGGAGCGUAGCUCGCCGACGGAAUCCGUCGCGUUGUCUGACGUGUCCGUGGCUACGGGGCGCGACGCGCCGGGUGGCGGCGCGAGCGCUGUCAGCGCCGCGAUUUCCGCCCACAGAAAGCGGUUGGGGAUCGGGGGCGAUGGGGGGAGCGAGAGGGGGAGCGAGCGGGGGAGCGAGAGGGGGAGCGCGGCGGGUUCGCCCAGGGGGGAACCUGGAGGCGCAGGGUCUCCGCGGAAAUCCGCUAUAGGGCUGAAAAAGCUACAGCUAAGAGUGGAAAUCGGGGCAGAUGAUAGCGGGGAUGAGGGCAGAGAGGUUAAACUGGUGGCGGUAGGCCCCCCCGCGGGGAAGGCGGGGGGAGGGGGGAUGGGGGGAGAGGGGGCAGGGGGAAGCGGAGCAGGAGGAAUGGGGAGAGGAGUGCGGGAGGUGGCGGGGAUAGGGUCUGUGAAAGAAAGGUCUGGGCUGAGGAGGGAGGGUAGUGGGGUGAGAGGGAGUGUCGGGGUUGGGGCGGGCGGGGGAGCAUUGGGAGCAGCAGCAGCAGCAGCAGGGGGGGGCAUACCAGCGGCAGCUGUAGCACCAGUGACCGUAGCGCCGGUGGCUGUAGCGGGGCCGGUGGCGGCGCUACAGAAGGGCGCGCACCGGCGCAUAUCAUCAUGGGUGGACGGGGGCAGCCUGCGGCACACGGACUUCAUCCUGCGCAAGCCGUACCGCGAGGUCACCGAGGUGUUUGACGUGCAGGAGGAGGAGCUGGGCGUGGGGCAGUUCGGCGUUAUUCGAUCGUGCGUCAAUAGAAUGACUGGCGCGCUGCUGGCUUGCAAAACGAUCAGCAAGGAACGGAUUGUGGUGAGUGCCUGUGUGGGGUGA